GCGGGCGGCGGUCAGUGAGCGGCGUCAUGGCCUCCGAGGUGGCCGCGCGCCGCGAGGCCAAGAAGCUGGUGCGCUCCGCCAGCGGUCUGCGCAUGGUGCCCGAGCACCGCGCCUUCGGCAGCCCGUUCAGCCUCGAGGAGCCGCAGUGGGUCCCCGACAAGGAGUGCCCCAGGUGCGUGCAGUGCGGUGCCAAGUUCGACUUUCUCACCAGGAAGCACCACUGCCGCCGCUGCGGGAAGUGCUUCUGCGACCGCUGCUGUGGCCGGAAGGUGCCCCUGCGGCGCAUGUGCUUCGUGGACCCCGUGCGCCAGUGCGCCCGCUGCGCCCGCGUGUCCCUGCGCGAGGCCGGCUUCUACGACUCGCAGCUCCAGGUGCUGCUGCGCGGAGCCACCUUCCUGGUCACCCUUGCGGGCGCGGCGCGGCCGGAAGCCAUGGUCUGCCGUCUCUCCAGCAACCAGAGGUUCCUGCUGCUGGACGGGGACGGCCACCACGAGCUGGAGGUCGCGCGCAUCGCCGCCGUGCAGGUCCUCGCUGAGGGCGUCCCCACCGGAGGAGGCAACGCCCGGGCCACCGGCAUGUCCCUGCAGUACACGGUGCCGGGCGUGGAGGACGUGGCCCAGCUGAGGCUUGUGGUCCCGGAGGACUUGAGCGCUGGCCGGCAGCAGGCGGCUGCGUGGCUGGUGGCCAUGCACAAGGCCGCCAAGCUCCUGUGCGAGUCUCGGGACCAGUGACGCCAGCUGCCCGCGGGCCCCACGCCCCCUCCACCAGCGCCGCUGCCUCAGGCUU